GAGGCACAGUAAACCAUGGCAGCAGUUAGCAGCUCUUUCCUGCUCUUUGUCGCUGCGGCGUUUCUGCAUCUUUUUGUUCCUACUUGGGCCCUGCACACAGUCGGCUCACUCCCUCUGGACACGGUCACUUUCUACAAGGUUAUUCCCAAACAGAAGUAUGUGCUGGUAAAGAUUGACACACAGUAUCCAUAUGGAGAGAAACAGGAUGAGUUUAAGAAAUUAGCAGAAAACUCUGCUUCCAGCAAGGAACUCUUGGUGGCUGAGGUGGGAAUAUCAGAUUAUGGUGAAAAGGAAAAUUCAGAACUUGGCAUGAAAUACAAAGUGGAAAAGGAUGACUAUCCUGUCUAUUUGCUUUUCACAAAUGGGGAUUUGGAGAAUCCAGUCCACUACACUGGUGAGAUUAAACAGGAUGACAUUCAGCAGUGGUUGAAGAGUAAAGGUGUGUGGGUCGGAAUGCUCGGAUGUCUGGAGGAGUAUGACUCACUAGCUGCAGAGUUCCGCAGCACAAGCGCCCAGGAAAAGCGCCAGAAGAUCAUGGAGAAGGUGAAGGCCAUGAUACAGGAGAUGCCAGAGUCUGAGCAAAAAUCAGCAGAACAGUACCACAAAAUUAUGAGCAAGGUUCUGGCUCAAGGUGAUUCAUUUGUCCAUUCCGAGAUUGCACGGAUUGGCAAACUGCUGGAAGAGAGCAAGAUGAGUUCAGCUAAAAAAGUGGAGUUUCAGAAACGGAAGAACAUCCUGAGCUCAUUUCAAGUACCCAGUGUAGCAAAAGAGGAUUUGUAAGAAGUAACUGGGAUCUGUUGAAGUCCUGAAGUUUAAAAAAAAGCAUUCUACUGUAAGCCAUGUCACUGCUGAAAUUGCUGAGGAGGAUUAGAUUAUCCGGAGUCCACCUUCUCCCACUUAUUCUCCUCAGUUGAAGGCUCUGACUGUUGUGCUAUCUUAACAGAGCCUGAUACUGUUCUCAAAUGCCAGCUGGCAUGAGGCACUGAAUAUAUUACUUGUUUGUUGAAUCCCCUUCAUGCCAAAGCACCAAACUGAAUUAUGGCAUCUUGCCACUCCUGUUAACUCAACAAAUUUGGACUCAAUCCUGGAAUCCUCAGUCUGUCUGGCUCAUAACAAUACCCCUUCAAAGGUCUUAGGGUCUUUCAUUGAAAGGGAAUUUUCACCAUGAUUGUGGCAGCAUUGUGCAUGUUGAAACUGCAGGAGUAUGUGCUAAUGAUGGGCUUUGACCAACAUGCUUCAUAGCUCAGAGUUGCCAGUUUCAGCUGUGCUACGCUAAAGGAGCUGCUGAACAGAAGCUGUCAGACUGCAUUACCCUACCUUCAUUUCAGACCAGGAGAAGCCUGUGACCAGGCCACUCAUUCGUAAUCAGCCAGGGAGUAGUGAGUGGCACAGGUAGACCAGUUCAGAAGAGGAAAUACCAUUAAGGAAUGAAAGUUAAACCAUAAACCUGUCUUCAAGCAGAUGUCAAAUAAUAUACAGUAGCGCCUCGACUUACGAACUCAAUCCAUUCCGGGACCCGGUUUGCGAACCGAAUCAAUUUUUCCCAUUGUUCGGAUAGCGUAAGAAUGCUUGGAUGGCUGUUCACAGUGCAUGCGCCAAAGACGAACUGAAUGAGAUCACGCGGGGCUCCGAGAGCUUUUGCGUUCAAGCACGUAACAAAGCAGAACAAUGAAACCACGUGGUUGCACACAGGCUUUUUGCGUCAUACCUUGAAUUUCGUAUGUACGUUGAAGCAAAAUUUUACUUACAAUCCUGUUUGCAAACUGAUUUGUUCGUGAAGGCGGUUGUUUGUAUGUCAAGGCGCUACUGUAUUUCAAAGUACAAGAUUUUAUAGAAACUAUGAAGCUCUUCAGCAGUGACAUGGACAAAAGUCUUUGUUUAUAAACCUCUUAAUUUAGUUUUUAAUUCUUGGAAAAUAUUUUCUUCACUAACCUUUUGAGGGUUAUUCCCAGUAUUAUUUCAAUAUGUAACAAUCUGAAGCAGUACAAGUCUGCCCCCUUGCUUCCCACGUAGCGAGUUCCUCAUGUCAAAAAUGCCAUAAUGGGUGUAACCAAAUGGAGGUCCGAAAGUCAUUGCUAAUAAAUUCUAAAGAAGAUUAAAACUCUAUAGACUGUAAUAGUGAGGCCUUUUUCACCCCCUCUCUCUGGGCUGUAAUAGUCCUGAACAGCAUUCCCUGAUUCUCUUGUCACUGGCGAGCAAGAGGAGACGGAACAGUACAACGUUCCAACUAAGAUCAAAUGGGUCUCCACUUAUAACUGAUUGGCAUGAGUGAAGGAGACGCAAGUAUGAGAAAAAACACUCCUCUUCAAGUAAAAAGGCAACUUACAGUAAAACAAAGGAAAAGUAUUCUCCAAUUAUGUUGACACCUGUUCGUUUCAUCACUACCUAUCUUUAGAGUUUCUCCCAACAGUUGAUCUGUAUAAGGAUCACCCUGAUGUGUAAAUGAUCUUGUGUUCUA